GUUUUCUGCUUAUUUCAAUCUCCGAAUCUCACACACAACACGUAAAGAGAAGAUGAAGAUGGAAGCUUCAGUUUCAGCAGUGGAGAAAAUAAUCGGUUACACUUUUCAAAACAAGAAGCUUCUAGAACAAGCCCUAACCCAUACUUCUUACCCUGAAGCCGUUUCAUACGAGCGUCUCGAGUUCGUCGGCGACGCCGUAUUAGGUCUCGCGAUCAGCAAUCACCUCUUCCUCGCUUACUCCUCCGUUGAUCCUGGUACACUCUCCCUCCUCCGUGCCGCUAAUGUUAGCACCGAGAAACUCGCUCGCGCUGCCGUGCGUAACGGUCUGCACCGUUAUGUACGUCACAAUACAUUUUCAAUUGUUGAUGCGAUUAACGAGUUUGUUGAAGCGGUUGAUUGUGAGGAUGACUGUGUUGUUGUUAAGUAUGGUGGAUCGGUGAAAGCUCCGAAGAUUCUUGCUGAUAUUGUCGAGUCUAUUGCUGCUGCUGUUUAUGUUGAUGUUGGUUUUGAUCUUAAAAAAUUAUGGGUGGUAGGGCUAUUUCUGAACUUUCUAGAUUUUUUUUUGUUAGCAUUUCAAUUGUUGUUUUUUUCACUGUGUUGAACUGUUGAUGAUAGUAGAAAGGAUCAUAGCAAUUAAA